UUAGUUUGUGUGGAUGAUGGGUAUAUAAAGAGGUUGGCUGCUGAAGCAACUCACCACCAGAAACUGGGACUCAAGCUUCCUGGAUCCGCUAUGAGUACAGCUCCUAAGGAGCUCCGCAAGGUGGAUUUAAACGCUAAAAUGUCCAAGUCUAAGAAGAAAAAGUUGAAGAAGAGAGAGAAGAGGAACCAGCAGUUGAUGGAGGACGCCCUCAAGCACGUGAACAAGGACGAGAACGGACUAGAGCUACCAGAGGAGGAUUGCAACGGACACAUGGAGGAGGAUCAAAAGUCGGAGAAAUCAAGCAAAUCGGAGGCUAUGAGUGUAACCAGUCCUGAUUGGGAGGAGGCCCCGUCCUCCGUUCAAGCUACAACCACCCUAGCUAAAGAGGUUGAUGUCGACGAAGCUCUAGCAGGUGGAACUGAUACUUAUACUACUGCUACUGAAGCUGCUGAUACUGCUAAGGAUUCUGCUAACGGAUCCAAUGAUAACUCUACUCAAAAACAAAUAAACAAAUCAGACCCAGAGGUUGAUGAAACAGCUGAUGUGCUCCCUGUGGAACAGGAGACAGAGAAGGAAGUAUCCAUGAGAACCAUCAGUAUCAGCAGUGAGAUGGAGAACCUAGAGACCCAAGCUUCAGUUGAGGUUCGUAAACCUGAUCCUUGUCGUGAAGUGGAUCCAGAGCUGACUGUUAAAAUAGCAGAUCUUGGGAACGCUUGCUGGGUUCAUCAUCAUUUCACAGAGGAGAUUCAGACCAGACAAUAUAGGUCCCUGGAGGUCUUACUGGGUGCAGGGUAUGGUCCCCCUGCUGAUAUAUGGUCUACUGCUUGUAUGGCGUUCGAACUUGCUACCGGUGAUUACCUCUUCGAACCUCACUCAGGAGAAGACUAUAGUCGAGAUGAAGAUCAUCUAGCGCACAUCAUUGAACUCGCUGGACCCAUUCCUCGUCAUAUCGCCACCUGCGGCAAGUACAGUAAGGAGUUCUUCAGGAAGAACGGAGAGCUGAGAAAUAUAACGAAACUGAAGCCGUGGCCGCUCUUCGAGGUUCUCACAGACAAGUACGAAUGGGAUCCUAAGACCGCCGAGGAGUUCUCUGCCUGGUUGAUCCCUAUGCUUGCUUUCGACCCUAACCAGCGCGCUACAGCAUUGGAGUGUAUCAACCAUCCAUUCUUGGCAGACCUGUAACCACCAGAGCUCCCAUACACUUCUUAGGCUCGAUUCUUCAACAGUCGAGACGAUCCCUAGUCGAAACCUCGACGAACCAAUUUCUCCCAUAGCCUACUUCAGGCGCAGUAUAGUUGCGCUUAGUUGACUUGUAGUAGAAGCAGGCUCAUCCUAUAUCCUGGGAUCUAUCCUACUACUACUUCUAACCUACCUAACAUGUGCACCAACUAUUUCAAGACGCAAUAUAAUAGUGUCGUCUAGUUUAUAGUUUAUCGAUAAUUUGAAAUUUGACGGGUUUGUCUCUAAACUUCAGCAAGAUUUUAACAAAUUUUGAAUGGAUAGUUUUUAAGAUUUUGUUUUAAUGUUUAGAAUUCUUAAGAUUUCUAGAUAAGUCCAGUUUUUUCCGUUCUUCCAUUGGUUCAGAGAAUUCAAGAUUAUAUUUUUAAAGGAAAUUGAGACUUAAUCAUAUGUUUCCCCGACCCUGAGUGACAUUAUUUUGGUUGCAGAAAUAUAAUUGCAAAAUAAUUAUUGAGGUAUUUAUUGCCCUCUUUGAAAAUUGUUGAGAAUGUAAUAUAUUGCGUGAAAGACAAUAAGAAUACAGAGCCCACAGUUUAUCCCACUAAUAUUACGUUACUUAAAGCUUAUAAGUUAAGCUUAACUUAAGUACAAGUUAAGUGGCUUAGACUGUCGACUCAGUAAUACGAGUUCAGUUGUAGGCGCACAUGUAUAAUUAUUAUUAUUUAUUCACAAUAUUAAGUCCUGAGAAGCAGCACAUUAACUCCAAUCUGACUUGUCCUCUUUUUUCAUCACAACUGUACAUUAUGUACCGCCUGGAGUCUGUGCAGUACAUAUUUUUUUAAUGCAGUACAGCCCCAGCGCAAUAAUGCUAACAACUUUCAAAGUUUUAAAUUUUAAUUUUUUGGGCUCAUGUUUUGAGUCUAAUUAUUGUUAAAUCUUGUUGGAAAAUCAUGGUAUAUAAACUGCGAUUGUGCGAUUAUUUCAUACUCGCCCCGCUCGCGUUAUUUAAAACAUUAAUACUAAGUAACCCUAAAUUAUGGUGAAUGUCGCGUAUUUGAGUAAUAAUUAUGCACGGCCUGUUGCGUCGAGGAAAAAUAAGACAAGUUACAAACUUGAACCAGUGUUCAAAUCCAGCCACCAUUUUCCCCCAGUCCGGGGGGGAAACUAAUAUUCGUUUUGAUUUGAUUUAAUAACCUUGUCUCAAGCUUUAAUAUAGAUUCACGGAUCCGAUACUGACCCUCUUGUGGAAAAUUAUGUAUUAACGAUGCAAUUCAGUUUCCUUCCUUGGAUUCAGUUUCCAGCAUUUUUCUCGGUCUUGAUUUUUUUGCGACACAUCAGGACAAUUUCUUUCAG